AGCUUUAACAGCAGUGAUAAUAGGAGGAGUUGGGAGGGAGGGAGUGAGUUAGUCAACUUCUUCCCUGCUUUAUCUCCCCGCGGUGUGGAAGAGCGCGGGCAAAGAGGUUUGAGUCCCUUCCCCCUAACCCCGACCCCAUCAUGGCCCACCGGUCCCAGAGUUCGGACAUCGGGGACAACCCCCUGGACCCUAACUUCCUGCCCCCCCACUACAGAGAAGAAUACCGUCUCGCCAUUGAUGCUCUGGUGGAGACAGACCUACAGGGCUACUAUGAAUUUAUUCAGAAAGCAGAUGUGGUCAACUUUCUCUGUCAACCGGAAAUCGAACACAUCAAGACCACGAUCCAGACACCCAACCAGGCCCCGACCUCGAACGUACCGGAGCUGCCCUAUCAUGAGGCAGACGCCGACGGCUCGUCUGACACCUACUGGCCGAUGCACUCUGACACAGCAGCCCCGGGGUUGGACCUGGGCUGGCCCCUCCAGGCGCACAGCUUUAUCGGCCCCACCGAGGUCACGACCCUGGUCAACCCCAGCGAGCCCGACAUGCCAAGCAUCAAGGAGCAGGCCAGACGACUCAUCAAGAAUGCACAGCACGUCAUCGCUGUGGUGAUGGACAUGUUUACUGACGUGGAUCUGUUUUCUGACUUGCUGGAUGCUGCGGCGCGUCAAGUCCCCGUAUACAUUCUAUUGGACGAACAUAAUGCCCAUCACUUCGUCUCCAUGGUGAUCAACUGUAAGGUCAACUUGGACCUUGUCCACAUGAUGCGUGUGCGGACGGUGGCGGGAGUGACCUAUUUCUGUCGGACAGGGAAGUCAUUUAAAGGACAGGUGAAAAACCGCUUUCUAUUGGCUGACUGCAGGGCCGUGCUCAGUGGAAACUACAGUUUCAUGUGGUCCUAUGAGAAGCUGCAUCGCUGCAUCGCUCAUCUCUUCCUGGGAGAACUGGUCACCACCUUUGACGAGGAGUUCCGCAUCCUGUUCGCUCAAUCACAGCCCCUCACUGUUGACCACGCCCUAGUGCCUUUCUCCUCUGACAGCAGCAGCAGCAGUUACUAUGGUAACCAGUUUGGCUUGAAGCGGACCCAGUCCCUGCGAAACCCUCUGGGUUUCCAACGACACACCCCCGAACUUCCGGCCUACCCUUUCGGAGGAGGAGAUUCCGAGCGCUCUGCGUUCCGAAGAGAUGACAUGUUCCGACAUACCAUAGACCCAGGAGGACUGAAUCUUGGGAAGUUUGCAGUGUCACAGCAGUUCAGGAUGCAGCAGAGCCGCUCCAUGGUCUCCAGGCAGAUGGAGAUAAGCGCCAGUGACUAUAAGAGGCACAGCUACACAGAGGGAACCCAGGAGAGCUACUCCUCGUCCAGACAGUACAUGAAGCACAGAGUUAUGAACAACCUGGAUGAGACAGAGCAGCACUACCACAGGGAGCAGAGCCAGUCCAGCCACUACUACCAGGGUGGUGAGGGACCUGGGUUAGGACCUGGGUCGGGGCUAGAAGGACCUGGCUCAGGCCAUGGACACUACGACAGGCUGAGGAACAGACCAGCACUGGACCAGUACUCUGACUCAGGCUACCCCUAUGAGGAACCUCCUGGUCCAGAGGGCUACGGCAGAGACUACUUCUCCUCUGAGGACCUGAAACAUGACCCGGGACAUCCACCAGCAGGGGGAAGGUACGGAGGUGGCAGUGGCCACAAGAGGCCGACGGUGGGCCAGCCCUAUGCCUGCCUGUUCCCCACCCAUCCGCACCCCCCAGAGAAGCAGGUGUUCCCCGUCCCAGCGGAGGCAGACCACGACCAGAACCCCAACGUCAGACAGGGCCUCCGCAGCUGGAGGAUCAACUCCUACCUCAGCGCCUACGGGGACACAGGAGAGGAGGGGCUGCUCCAACCUCUGGGCCCUGAUGCUUUUCAAGACCCUGAGUCUGAUGGGAAAUUGUACGCCCAUGAGGCAAGAGAGCCUCCGAAUGUCCCUUCCAAGCCUAGACCGGAUAUCCGACCGCUGCACUACAGCAAGCCCUUCAUGCCUGAGAGCAUGGGGAAGGACAGGGCUGACCGAUGGACCACAGAGUGGGAGAGAGAGAGAGAGAAAGAGCGGGCGGUGGGGGGGAGGGAGGUGGGGGCAGACGUGGAGAUGCCGUCGUCGAGGGAGGCUCCGGGGGAGGUCUCGAUCUCCAAACACGAGACGGUCCGGAUGCGGGUCAACCCGAUGCUCCAGAGGAGUUCCCGGCUGCGCUCCUCCCUCAUCUUUUCCUCCUCCAAGACGGAGACCCACAUGGGAGGCCUGGGCAUGAAGGUGGCCAACGAGGAGGACGAGAAUUCCGACUCGCUCCGCACCACUUCCAUCGUCCAACAGAUCCUGGAGAAGCGACGCUCCUUGACCCGGGAACCCUUUGAGUGGAGGAAGAAGGCAGAGGAGAACGAGAGAGAGAAGGAGAAAGAAGAGAAGGAGAAAGAGAAAGAAAAGAAAGAGGCUUGGUUGAAUGAGGAGGCUGAGCCAAAGAAAGAGCCCCCCAAAGUAACCUCAGCCAGCAGAGAGGUGUCUAAGAACCCCCUGGCCGAGGUGGACACCACGAAAGACACCCCAGCAUCUGCAGAUCCCCCCAAACCCCAGUCAUUUAACAUGAACAACCCUUCCAAUAGACUGCAGUACUUCAUGGAGCUGGCUGCUAAGAGGAACGCAUCUAAAGAGGCUGUGAUAAAAGAACCUCCUCAGAAGAAACCAGACCUUCCAGACACUCCUUCUUCCAGCACGACCGCCAUCACCUCGGUCCCCAAAGUCCCCUCAUUUCUCGUGACUGCUCCAGAGCCUGCCCCAAAGAAACCACAAGUCGCAGCCACACCAGAGCUAAAAUGUAAACCUCAAACCUCAAGUUUCAAAAUCUCAGAGCCUGCCGCUUCUACCACAGCACAGAGAAAAGACAGCAGCUCGGAGUCACAGAGGAAAGAGCCCGGUAAGAUUCUAAAACCAUUCCCUUCUCCGAAGAUCUUCAAGAGGGACACUCUGAAGCCGUUCAAGAGCUCCAACCCACGCCACGUCUCCUGUGAUGAGGAAAUGCUAACAACGGACGCCACAGACGCGGAGAAAAGCGAGCUGAAGAAGUCUCGCUCCAAAAGCUCGUCCAGUAUGUCACAGACCGAGUCUAAGGAGGGGCUCCACAAGAACCUGGGCUCCAACACCUCCCUCAACACCCUGGGAGGGGAGGGAAAGGCCGACACUAAGCCCCUAGACUUCCUCAAGAAGCAGACCCAAAGACUCAAAGGUUUCCUGGGACCCAAGGACAAGAAGAGCUCCGGUGGUGCGACAUCGGCAUCCAACGGAGACGAAAAGACCAUGAGAACUGUGCCGGAAAGCUCAGAGGAGCCUGUGAUCGCGGCUAAAAACCUGAGCUCCACCGCCGACGCUAAAGCCACAGACUAUGCCACCUCCGCAGCCAAUCACAAAGCUGCGUCCAAAACAACAGGUCUGUCUCGGUACCAGAGCUCCAGUGGCUCAGUUCUGUUCAGUAGCAACCUGAGAGACGACACCAAGGUCAUCCUGGAACAGAUCUCUGCCAACAGCCAGAAGAACCGUCUGGAGCGAGGAGGAGGAGAGGAGGCUGGAGGGGAGAAGGAUGUAGACGUAGCAGGGGAGAAAGGAGGGCCGGAGAGGGAGCCAACGCUUAAAAAGAACCGCUUCCAGAGGCCCCAGGCCAACCCUCAGGAGAGAGAUAGCCUCCUGAAGAGGAUCGAGAGCAUGAGGAAGGACAAGAAGGUCUACAGCCGCUUUGAGAUGGGGAAUAACCUGGGAUAACUAAAGAUGGCUGAGGAACACAUUGACUGGAAGCUGAGUGUGUGUGUGGAGGACGUGCAAACACACACCAACAUGCACACACACAUCGUUCACAUUCAGCAAUAUAUGUGCCAAACACAUCAUCAGAAGACCAGAGAGAGAGGGAGAACACUCUGAACACAAGAACAGCAGAUACCUCCUGUGACUUCAGACUGCAGUCUUCGCGGAUGAUCAGACGAUACUGUACUAAACCUAUAAAAGACUGACUAUGAAACAUGAGAUGAAACAGUACCCAUAUAAGGCAAGCGUUGUCAGGUUGGUUUUUGCCUUAUAUGGACUUCAUGGGACAACUUUUCACCGAUUCACCACAAUCCUUCGUCCACGCCUAGAGUGAGAGAGAGUGUAUGUGUGAGAGAAAGUGUGUGUUGUGUGUGCAUGUUUUACUGCAAGAAAGCAACUGAACACAUGCCCAGCCAUCAAACAUGCCUGUACAGAACAGCACACUCCCUGUGCCAGUCGUAUGUAUGUGUGUGUGUGUCUGUGUGUGUGGAAACUGGUAAUGCUGAAAGUAUGUCUGGGUUUACACUGUGCCAACGGAGCGCCACGUCUCGUCGAACCCAGAGAACUAUUAUUAACCAGUCUCCACACUAAAGACAGCAGAGAGGGAGAGAGGAAAAAUACAGAUUAACCCAGCUAGCACAUUUGGUUCCUUGGAAGUUGUGGGAAUGUACGUUUUUUGUUUUCCAUUGGUUCUUGGAACAAAGCUAUACGUUUCCUGACUGGUAAAACUGAACAUCUUUUAAACAUUCUGAGAACGGAAGUGAACAUUUUGCCUGAUCUGAGAACAUUUUUAAGUAGCAGGGAGGUUCUGAGGACAUUUUACUGUGCUUCCUUGAAGGUUUUUAAGUUGCAGGGAGGUUCUGAGAACAUUUUACUGUGGUUCCCUGAAGGUUUUCUUGGGAGGUUUUAUUAAUGUUUUGCGAACGGAAAUGAUUAAUUAUUUGAAGGUAAUUAAAUAACGUUCUGAGAACAUGUUUCAAUCAUGCAAAGACAUGUAUUUUUUCAUUGUGGUAUGGCGUCAGUGAGAUUCAAACCCAUGUUCUCUAGCCAUGAGGUUUAAAAUACUUCUGUUGAUGCUGAAUGUAUACGUUUUUAAAUAACAUUCUUAGAAUGAUCUUUGAAAGCUAUUAAUGUUUUCUUGUGUUUUUUAUGGAAAGUUUUCUUAAUGUUCUUAGAGCAUGACUUUAAAUAUAACAAUGAGGAAACCUGCAGAAAACGUUAUGCUGAGGUACUGAAAUUCCCACAGAAGAUUGUUGUUUCUUAAUGUUCUCUGAACAUUAUGAAAACAUUACUUUAAAUAGAACCAUGAGGAAACCUGCAGAAAACUUUACACUUAAGCACUGAAAUUCCACCUAAGAAACAUAUGGUUCUGAUAACCUUAUGUGCUAGCUGGGUAUCCUGCACCAUUCCAAGAACUUUGUUUGAAGUUUGAAUGCAAGAUAACCAUAGGACAACCACACUCUCACCAAGCUCUAAGAAACAUAUGGUUCUGAUAACCUUAUGUGCUAGCUGGGUAUCCUGCACCAUUCCAAGAACUUUGUUUGAAGUUUGAAUGCAAGAUAACCAUAGGACAACCACACUCUCACCAAGCUCUAAGAAACAUAUGGUUCUCAGAACCUUAUGUGCUAGCUGGGUAUCCUGCACCAUUCCAAGAACUUUGUUUGAAGUUUGAAUGCAAGAUAACCAUAGGACAACCACACUCUCACCAAGCUCUAAGAAACAUAUGGUUCUCAGAACCUUAUGUGCUAGCUGGGUAUCCUGCACCAUUCCAAGAACUUUGUUUGAAGUUUGAAUGCAAGAUAACCAUAGGACAACCACACUCUCACCAAGCUCUAAGAAACAUAUUGUUCUCAGAAUGUUAUGUGCUAGCUGGGAAAGGAGAUGGAAAGAGGUGGACCAACAGGGUAAGAUAAUUAGAUACUGUGUAUAUGGCUUGCAGGUCUUUACAAUUUUGUAUUUAUUAAUUAAAUCACCAGUACCUUAGAAGACAAGUUGAGAUUGAGACUGCUUUGUUGCAGCCCUGUGUGGAUGCAGGUACCUUGAAAACGUAGUGAGUUGGAUAGGGUCUGAGUGAUAUUUCCACCACAAAACCUUCACCUAUCUGGUCAAGUCAGGUCAGACAUCUUUGAUGAAUAAACGUAGGGAAGAAGGAAGGAAGGAUGCAUUUCUAAAAUGUUGUAUUUUAUACAAGAGUAUAAAAACUUUCACGCCUUGA